CCUGCACGUCGUAUAAUUCCAGCCCCAACAUCAGCUCGUUGGAUGAAGAGGAAGAAGUAGCGAAACGCCACGUUUUUGGAGACUGCUUCCGAAGUGGCUGUAAGAUGUCUAACGUGGCAGUCAUACGGGUUCGGAGAGGUCCUCCGGGCGUGCCUCAGGGUCAGGUGGCGCCGUUGCCGUACGGGGCCCAAGGAUCCUCGUUCGCUCAAGCGAUCCAGCAUCGUGUCGCAAGCGGGCAGCGUCGAAGUCAGCAGCAGACAAAUGGCCCUCGUACUGUGGCUCCAACCGAGGGGCCUCGUGCUGGUGGCGGUACUUCACCGCAGCAGAACGGGGGCUCUCCGCGCACGUCCACCCUCAACUCGUCCAUCAAGUCUGCCGACGAGAUCAAGAUUCAAGAGUUGGAGCGCAGCUUGCCCUCCCACUUCCCCAGGCGGCCGGCGCACGGAAAGCAGGGCAGGGCCAUCCAGCUGACCGCGAACCACUUCAGCAUAGAAAUCCCCAGCGGGAACGUGUUCCACUACGACGUCGAGAUAUUCUCCGAGACGCGCAAGGAGGCCAAGGUGCCCGAAAAGCGCAAGUACCGCUGUAUGAGCACCAAGAUCAACCGGAUGAUCAUCGAGCUGCUGGUGAAGAAAUAUCGUCACGAACUCAGCAACUGCGUUCCAGCCUUCGACGGUCGAAAGAACCUCUACACGAGGCGGGAGCUCAAGUUCAGCGAGCGCACCUUCUCGGUCGACUUCGAGGAAGACCAACGGGUGCAGAAGUUCAUCGUCAAGAUUCAGUACGCAGCCACGGUCAACCUGGACGCCCUGCACGCGGUCUUCGACAGUCGCGUCAACACGGUGCCGCAGGAGGUGCUGCAAGCCGUGGACAUCGUCUUGCGUCACGGACCGUCCAUAAAGCUGACGCCCGUGGGCAGGUCCUUCUUCAAGCCGCCCCAGGACAACAGCACCCUGGGUGGCGGCCGGGAGGUGUGGUUCGGCUAUUACACCAGCGUCCGCCCUGCCCAGUGGAAACCCAUGCUCAAUAUCGACAUGUCAGCGACUGCCUUCUACGAGCCCAUUCCCGUUCUCACAUUCAUGUGCCGGAUCUUCAGCGAUGCCCGUCGAGAGCUCAGCCCGACGGACUUCAGGGAACUGCGAGACUUCCAGACUGUUCGACUGAAUAAGGAACUGAAAGGGUUGCGCAUCAAGGUGAAUCAUCUCCCUUACCCUCGUCGCUACAAGGUGGUGAAGGUGACCAAGGAACCCGCCAAGAAGCUGUACUUCACCAUGGAGGACGGCUCUCGUAACAGCGUUGCGGACUACUUUCAGAGCAAAUACGGCCGACUGACGUACCCGAACCUGCCGUGCGUGCAGAGUGGUAGCCCAUCUCACCCGGUGUUCCUGCCCCUCGAAGUGUGCGAGAUUGUUGAAGGCCAGCACUGCAAGAAGAAACUGGACGAGAACCAGACGUCGGAGAUGAUCAAGCGCACUGCACAGCCACCGUCGAAACGGUUCCACGAGAUCAGGCAGUCCGUCAAGGACCUGGUCACCAGCAACGAGCCCUACCUGAAAGAGUUCGGCAUCAAGAUCAGCACAGACGCGACUCAGCUGAAAGGGCGCGUGCUGGAUCCUCCCACCCUAGUGUUUGAAAACAACAGCGUUACCAAGCCACGCGAAGGCACUUGGGAACUGCGUGGCAAACACUUCUACAAGGCUGCCUCCAUCAGUCGCUGGAUUGUCCUGAACUUGAGCAGGUUCCCGCAGAAACACGACAUCGACAACUUUGUCAAGAUGCUGGUACGAGUGGGCCAGGAGCUAGGCAUCAAGUUUGAGAUGCCGGCCGACGUUGUCACAGCUGACGCUCAUAGAAAACCGAUGAAGAACAUCUUCGCCGACGUCAUGCACAAGUACUCCGGGCUGGAGAUCGUACUCGUCGUGCUCGCAAAGAACAGCAACUACGCGGAGAUCAAGCAAGUGUGCGAGACCGAACUGGGCCUGCGGACGCAGUGCAUCAUGGACAACAAUGUGAUCAAGAAAUGCAACGCAGCUCUCGUCACUAAUCUCUGCCAGAAGAUCAACGCUAAAAUGGGAGGCACCAACAACAGCCUCCUGGCGCAGGAAAAGCCUUCAAUCUUCCAGAAGCCCGUGAUCAUAAUUGGGGCCGACGUCACACACCCAGCCCCAGGGGACAAACUUCGCCCUUCCAUCGCCGCCUGCGUGGGCAGCCUGGACUCGAUCCCUUCCAAGUUCCACGCGUCCAUCCGCGUGCAGAUGGAAGACGCCGCUGCUACGUCCCGAGUCGAGAUCAUAAAGGACCUGAAGGACAUGAUGAAAGACAUGUUGAAAGCGUUCUAUCGAGCUACCAAGCACAAGCCCGAACGCAUCAUCUUCUUCCGGGACGGCGUCAGCGAAGGACAGUUCAUGGAGGUCCGCAACCGAGAAGUCUCUGCGAUCCGGCUCGCGUGCCAGGAGCUGUCCCCGAACGAGACUUACGAACCCGCCCUGACGUUCAUCGUUGUGCAGAAGAGGCACCACACCCGUUUCAUGCCCUCCAGCGACCGGGACGGCGUGGGCAAGUGCCGCAACGUCCCGCCGGGCACCACCGUGGACUCCGUCGUCACGCACCCGUUGGACUUCGACUUUUUCCUCUGCUCCCACUUCGGCAUCCAGGGCACCAGCAGGCCGGCUCAUUACUACAUCGUGUGGGACGACUCCAACUUCACCGCGGACGACUUGCAGAAGCUGAGCUACUACCUGUGCCACACGUACGCGCGUUGCGCUCGCUCGGUCAGCAUUCCGGCGCCUGUCUACUACGCCCAUCUGGCUGCCUACAGGGCUAAGAACCACGUGAUUAGCAAGGUGGACGUGUCGAGUUCGAGCAGCGACUCGUCGGGGGGCAGUGGGGACUCUGUAUCCACCAGUCAGUACGUAGAGGCUGUCAAAGUUCUUGACUCCCUGCAAACUGCCAUGUAUUUCGUUUGAGUUUUUGUUUGCCGUGUUCCCUUCGUUUGCUGUGAAAUAAAGUUGCGUUUUCACCCUUCUA